AUGCCAGUGUCCACGGAGCAGAAGAAAACAACCCAGCACCUGCAGAUACCUGGACAGCUCUCACAAACCUUGUGUUCUGACAGCACCGAUGGAACUGUGCUUUUGGAAAACGGCUUAACAAUCAUGAUCAUUUCCCCAUACCUCUAUGAGAGUUACCCCAUGCCGGUCAUCCCACAACCAGAGGUCCUCAACUCCGGCGCUUACAGCCCCAUUACCGUGUGGACGACGACCGCGCCGUUCCACGCCCCUCUCCCCAGCGGUCUCUCGCCUCUUGCCGGAUACCCCUCCUCCUUGGGGCGAGUGAGCCCUCCUCCUCCGUCCGACACCUCAUCCAAGGACCACAGCGGCUCCGAAAGCCCCAUCAGCGAUGAAGAGGAGCGGCUCCAGUCCAAGCUCUCAGACCCGCAUGCCAUUGAAGCCGAGAAGUUUCAGUGCAACUUAUGCAAUAAGACCUAUUCGACUUUCUCCGGGCUGGCCAAACAUAAGCAGCUGCACUGUGAUGCCCAGUCUAGGAAAUCGUUCAGCUGCAAAUACUGUGAUAAGGAGUAUGUGAGCCUGGGAGCCCUGAAGAUGCACAUUCGGACCCACACGUUACCUUGUGUCUGCAAGAUCUGCGGCAAGGCGUUUUCCAGACCUUGGCUGCUCCAAGGACACAUCAGAACUCACACUGGGGAGAAGCCUUUUUCUUGCCCUCACUGCAACAGAGCAUUUGCAGACAGGUCAAACCUGAGGGCUCAUCUGCAGACCCAUUCUGAUGUAAAGAAAUACCAGUGCAAAAACUGCUCCAAAACCUUCUCCAGAAUGUCUCUUCUGCACAAACACGAGGAAUCGGGCUGCUGUGUAGCACACUGAGUGACGCAAUCAAUGUUUACUCGAACAGAAUGCAUUUCUUCACUCCGAAGCCAAAUGACAAAUAAGUCCAAAGGCAUUUUCUCUUGUACUUACUGACCAAAUAAUAUGUAUAGAUAAACACACACACACACACACACACACACACACACACACGAGCUGCAAGAGCACGGACCCCAUGUGUUUAAAGUUAAUCCUUUCCAUGUGAAGUUUAAAAUUACUAUAUAUUUACUGACAGAUUGAGAGACUAAAAGACAAGAACCUUUCUCUUCAAAGAUGAAGUGAAAAGCACAUUGCAUCUUUUCUUCCUAAGAAAGAAUGCAAAGAUUUACAUUGCUGCCAAAUCAUUUCAACUGAAAGAACAGUGUUGCUUCGCAAUAGAGUUUGUACUAGAAUGUCGUAUAGGAAGAGAAUCUGCCAGACACGAUCUCAGGUGCCUUAAAAAGUAUUCCAAGUUUACUUCAUUACAUGUCUGAUGUCUGGUUGCCGUCGUUGAGAUAAAGCCUCUUUUUGAUGAGCUAUAAUGCUUUAAAGUGUAUGUCUAAGAGAGAGAAGAAAAGAACAAGAACAAAAUGCAGGAGAAUGUAGUAAAGUAUUUUUUGUUUUGUUUUUGCCAAUAAAAAGUAUGUGCCUUGCGGGAGGAGGAAGAGACUAGCUUUGAACAUUCCUGGUGCAUGCUCCAUGUCUUACUUUUGAAAAUAAUUCUAAUGAUUUUCUAAAAUUAAUUAAAGAUGGGAAUAAGUGCAAGAGAGGAUUCUUAGAAAUCCAGUAAUGUGCUUAAACUAUUUUAAAUGCAUACAACAAAUGCAAUAAUACAACACCCCUUCCAAGUGCCUUUUUUAAUGAAUUGUAUAGUUGAUGAAACAAUGUAAAUUUGUGUUUAUUUUUAUAUGAUUGAAUGAGUUUUGUAUGAAAGUGAGAUGUCUAUAGCUAUGGCUAUGAACAACCCAAAGACUUGUGAAAUCAAUGUUUCUUUUUUAAAAGGAUUUUUCAAGUUCUUUUUUUUUUUUUACAAUAAACAUUUUUGAUUUAAAA